GUGUGGGGUCAUUGCGCUGCUGUAGCUCAACUGUACGAUGGACCAGUCGCUCGACGAUGUGAUCAAAAGCAAGCGCGAUGCGACCAAGGCAGCCAAAAGAAAGCAGAAUGCGCCAAAUAAGACCAACAAGCUUGAUCCAGUUGCAUCCUUCCGUGGUCCCAAGGCACAGUUUGCCAAGCACCACCACGAUACUGCACUCGACGACGAUACGCUAUCUCUUGGCACGGCUGAGCAACUCGGCAUGUCCCUCGAUGACUUGCUUGCGGCGAAGCGACCGUCACCAAAAACCCGUCCAGUGCCGUCUGCGACACAGGCCAAGCUGCGUAAUGCUGCUGUUCAAGGGGCCCAGGCAAAACGCCAAGCGAGUUGGAACCAUACGCGCGGCUUGCCUGGAAAACCACAUCGAGCUACAGGGUCAUCCCUCACAGUCACUAUUCGCAACUCCAAAGACAAAUCUCAUCGCCAAGCAGCCGGCACUCACCAACGGCAACCUCACACUGGUCGUCCCGCCAGUGACAACAUGCUUCGGCGCGUGAACCUCGGCAAACGCAGAAAACAUCGAUUGCAUGUCGCCGACGCCAACGAGGAGAACAAUGACGAGUCUCCACCACCGCGACUCCAGGCGUGGGAACAGCACAGCCUUGAGCACCCGGUCAGGUUUACCCUGCCCGAGGGCACCAACUUCAAGAUAUCCAUCGAUUCGAAUCGUGUCCACUCGGUCGUGGGCAUCGACCCAUCGGCCACCUCGUCUGGCCCUGGCAUGUCGCUACGACAAUAAACAGCGAUGGCGAGUUCGUUCAUGUCAAUUGCUCCACUUAGUCAAAUGACGCCGCGCGGUGCUGCCGGCGCAACAGCCGAAUCGUCUCG